AAGCAGCAGCGAUCCUUGUUAGUUGCAACCUGUGCCACAGUGCUGCAGCCGUGCACAGCAGGCGUCUUUGUGUUACCAUGGCGAUGACGUCUUCCGUUUUCCGGUGAGGCGACAGGGCGUCCCAUUCCUGACGAUCGUAUUUAUACCCUCCCCCUUCAAUAAUAGGUGCCCUCCACAGCUGCGAGUGUGACUUCUUUUGGAGUGACACUCGGUAGUGGAGGGGGAGUGUGUAGGGGGCGGAUUGGGAUUCAGCCCAGGAGUGUAGGCAGGUGAAAGAGAGUGAGACAGGCAGAAAGACAGAGACCAACAGAUGCAGACAAAGGGAGACACAGAGGUACGAGACAAGGACAGAGAGAUGACAUAGGACGAGUGACGGCGAGAAAAAGGGGAGAGAGACCAGAGAGAGUGAGAAUAGGGAGAGACAGAUGACAGACAGGAAAAGAAGGAAGAAAGAAGGGAGAAGCACUGAGAAGAACGGGGGCAGGAGCAGGACCAUAACAAGGAAAGCUUUAAACCUGUCCUCUCAUGAACACACUAGUUACUGGUUCAAUACGGAAUUGAUUUUAAGGUGGUUUUAUGUAUGAAACCAUGCAAGGGUUGGCACCUUGGGACAUUUCUGAACCUCUUUGCUCCUCCUCCACCUCAAAGCCUCAUAUCACCUUGAUCAGACCAACUGCUAAUAACUGUUCAUGACUUCACUGUGUUGUCAUUUGUCUGUGUGGACAGAUGUGAGAUCUAACUGUUGAUGCUGAUCCACAGAGUGGACCAGCAGAACUCAGAGGUUCCCAGAGUUCAGUCUGACCAACAGCAUCACCUGGACUCCAUAUUCAUGCUGCUGGAGGACAACAUGGUGACUUUUGUGAAGAAGGAGCUGAAGAAGAUGCAGAAGGUUGUGAGUCCAGAUUACCCAGAAUGUUCAGAGAGUCAGAGGGAUGAUGAUGAGGAGUUGGAGGGUGAUGAUGAAGAUCAGAGGAGCAGCAGAGAGAUGCUUCAGCAGAUCACAGUGUUGUUCCUGAGGAGGAUGAAGCAGGAGAAGCUGGCUGACAAACUUGCUGCUCCAGUUUGUAGACGUAAACUUAAAUGUGGUCUAAAGAAGAAGUUCCAGAGAGUGUUUGAGGGCAUCGCUAAAGCAGGACAGUCGACCCUCCUGAAUGAGAUCUACACAGAGCUGUACAUCACAGAGGGAGGGACUGCAGAGGUCAAUGAUGAACAUGAGGUCAGACAGAUUGAAGCAGCAUCCAGGAAAGCAGACAGAGCAGAAAGAAGCAUCAGAGCAAAAGACAUAUUUAAAGGCUCACGUGGAAGAGAUGGACCAGUCAGAACAGUGAUGACAAAGGGAGUGGCUGGCAUUGGGAAAACAGUGUUAACACAGAAGGUGACUCUGGACUGGGCUGAAGACAAAAGCAACCAGGACAUCCACUUCAUGUUUCCAUUGACUUUCAGAGAGCUGAAUGUGGUGAAAGAGAGAAAGUUCAGCUUGGUGGAACUUGUUCAUCACUUCUUCAGUGAAGCCAAAGCAGCAGGAAUGUGCAGGUUUGAAGACUUCCAGGUUGUGUUGAUCUUUGACGGUCUGGAUGAGUGUCGCCUUCCUCUGGACUUCCACAACAAUGAGAUCCUGACUGAUGUUACAGAGUCCACCUCAGUGGAUGUGCUGCUGACAAACCUGAUCAGGGGGAAUCUGCUUCCCUCUGCUCGCCUCUGGAUAACCACACGACCUGCAGCAGCCAAUCAGAUCCCUCCUGACUGUGUGGACAUGGUGACAGAUGUCAGAGGGUUCACUGACCCACAGAAGGAGGAGUACUUCAAGAAGAGAUCCAAAGAUGAGGAGCAGGCCAGCAGCAUCAUCUCCCACAUGAAGACAUCACGAAGCCUCCACAUCAUGUGCCACAUCCCUGUGUUCUGCUGGAUCACUGCUACAGUUCUGGAGGAGCUGCUGAGAACCAGAGAGGGAGGAGAUCUGCCCAGAACCCUGACUGAGAUGUACAUCUACCACCUGGUGGUUCAGACCAAAGUCAAGAAGGUCAAGUAUGAUGGAGGAGCUGAGACAGAUCCACACUGGAGUCCAGACAGCAGGAGGAUGAUUGAGUCUCUGGGAAAACUGGCUUUUGAGCAGCUGCAGAAAGGAAACCUGAUCUUCUAUGAGUCCGACCUGACAGAGUGUGGCAUCGAUCUGGGAGCAGCCUCAGUGUACUCAGGAGUGUUCACACAGAUCUUUAAAGAGGAGAGAGGGCUGUACCAGGACAAGGUGUUCUGCUUCAUCCAUCUGAGCGUUCAGGAGUUUCUGGCUGCAGUCUACAUGUUCCACUGUUACACCAACAGGAAGGAGAAGGUUCUGGAGGAUUUCCUGGGAAAAGACUGGAAAGAUGAGGGGAGAGACACUCUGGAUGUGUUCCUGAACAGAGUCAUGGAGAAAUCCCUCCGAAGUAAAAAUGGUCACCUGGACCUGUUUGUUCGCUUCCUUCAUGGCCUCUGUCUGGAGUCCAACCAGAGACUCUUAGGAGGCCUGCUGGGUCAGACAGAGAACCAUCCAGAAAUGAUCCAGAGAGUCAUCAACAACCUGAAGGAGAUGAACAGUGAUGAAAUGUCUCCAGACAGAAGCAUCAACAUCUUCCACUGUCUGAUGGAGAUGAAGGAUCUCUCAGUACAUCAGGAGAUCCAAGAGUUCCUUCAGUCAAAGAACAGAUCAGAGAAGGAACUCUCUGAGAUCCAGUGCUCAGCUCUGGCCUACAUGCUGCAGAUGUCAGAGGAGGUUCUGGAUGAGUUGGACCUGAACAAGUACAGAACAUCAAAGGAGGGAAAACGGAGGCUGAUUCCAGCUGUGAGGAACUGCAGAAAGGCUCGGUGA